GGCAGUUGUUUGUGUGACGUACUGCAAACGUCACAAAAUCAAAAUGGCUACCAAAUCGACAGAUGAGACUAAUGAGAAUAAUGUUUUUAUGGCGUAUGGACUAUGGUCUGCCGAUUAAAUAUGCCAACGAACUAAAUUUCGAUUAGAAAUAAUCGAAAACGUCUUCCUUUGUCAAUGUCAAAGAUAGUAGAUUUGAAUAACCAGUUUCACUUCUGAGGAAUAGCAAGAAACUGUGAGUCAUCUGUUAGACAUGCCGAGCAGUGAACAAGUACAGACUCUUUACGGGAUACCGAUGAGGCAACAAAACCUUACCCUUUUCAAGAUCAAGAAGAAUGGUGAAACCACCACACAGAUAUCCAUACAAAUCUGUCGAAGCUCAGGAAAAAACAAAUUUUUUGGGAAGAACACUCCAGUGAAAGGCUGCCACUGUCAUUUGAUGGGGUACCAUUCAUGAUCCUAGGUAGGGAGGUGCGGGAAUGCUGCCAUGGUCCGGACAGGCACCGAGCAGAGAAAAUAAAGCCAACCCAAACAAGGAAUUUAGGAAAGGCUGACCAUGCGUAUAGUGCACAAGGGCGGAAAUUAAUCCAGACAACAACAAAAAUGAAUUGUCCAGCUGCUAUUCAUGUGAGGUCCAUUUUGCGUUUCCCAUCUUAUAAGACUGAACACAACUCUGAAUGGGCCAGAAGAAAACAGAGCAAGAAUCUUCGUGCUGAUCUCAAUGAUGAAUCAAAGGAAGUUUCGUUUCAGCACUAUAUGUAUAUUGCACUCCCAGACACAGAGGCUCACAAGAACCAUCUCACUGAAGAGGUUGGUGCUAUGACCCAUCAUGCUGACAAAAAAGUCAUAGACAAAAUUCAUUGUCUGGUGGCCGAGGGUGUAAGGGACGUUGCUGAAAUGAAGAGGCACAUUUAUUCUUUUUCAAAGACAAACUUCCCUUUAGUACCCGAGACAAGCAACCGGUUUUAUCCUUCCAACAAGUGUCUUCGAAAUCAUAUGUAUUCUUCACUCAGCUUAUCUCAAUUUUCAAUGGAGGAUCAAGAAAACCUGAAGCAGAAUAUUGUAAAGUGGAGGAAUGAAGAACCUGAUGAUAAUUUUUUCUUUGUACCAAGCCCUAAAGAUGAUGAAGGGGAGGACUUUUUAUUUGUUUGCCAAACUGCAUGGCAAAGGAGACUUUUGUCAAUAUAUGGCAAUGAAAUCUGCUUGAUGGAUGCCACAUAUGGCAUAUGUAAAAGUGAGAUAGCUUUGUACUUUAUUUGUGUUUCUACAAAUAUUGGAUACAUAACAGUGGGAUGCUUUAUUUUACCCUCUGAGACAAUUAAGAACAUUACCAGAGGCCUCGAUGUAUUGAAGCAGUGGAAUCCAGACUGGACACCAACCUUUUUCAUGACUGAUUAUGAUGAAAAAGAGAUAGCAGCCAUAGAGACAUCAUUUCCAGGUUGUUUCACGUUUUUAUGCGACUUUCACCGUGAGCAGUCCUGGGGGCGUUGGUUGACAUCAAACACGAACAGCCAACAGAAAAAGGAGUUACUUCACUAAAGUCUUGAUGCGGGAGAUCACUAAUGCAGACAGUGAGCUAAUGUAUACAGACGCCGUUGAAUCCUUGAAGGAAUCUCAGCACUGGCAGAAGAAUCAAAGGCUGCGUAUUUGGUUCGAAAAACAGUGGUUGUCAGCUUCUAAAAGAUGGGUCCGCUACCACAGACAAUCUCUAACAAAUGUUAGAGUCACUACAACCAAUGGAUUAGAAAGGCAGCAUUACCAGUUGAAACAACAUUAUCUUAAGAACUACACAGCAGGCACAGUGACCAGUCUGACUACAACAGUUGUGAAACAGUUUGUACCCGAUAGUUACAAAAGGUACGUUGAAUACAAUGUGAAAUGUCUGGACUCAAGUCGUAGGUACUCUGAAGAUUUGCCCAGAUUUUUACAUAAUCGUCCACGACUUUUCCUUGAUCAUUGUACUCAACGCCUUCCAUCAGCCAUCUCUAUGCCAGUCUCAAACAUAUCUGUACUUCCACACCAAAAGUUCACUGUUUUAAGUGCAGACAGCAAUGCUACAUACUUGCUUGACCUUAGCGGUUCUUUGCCUAGUUGUUCCUGUCCUGACUGGAAAAAGAACCAUCUGCCCUGCAAACACAUGCUUUGCAUUUUGCUCAAGGUGCCUGGUAGUGGAUGGGAAACACUAAGUGAAGAGUUCAAGAACUCGCCACACUUGAAUAUUGA